AUGGAUCCCAUAUCCAUCGUCGGGCUCGUGGCGAGCACCAUCGCCAUUGUCCAGGCAGCAGAUCGCAUCGGAGGCUUACUCGGCCAGCUGAAACCCCUGUUUGAGGCUCCAAGAGAGGUUGAACAGCUCAUUAAAGAUGUGAAGUCGCUGAAAUCCCUAGUUGUCAAUGUUUCUGAAGCGGCGAAGGAAAUGGACCGCUCCAGUAUACUUCCGGCUGAGAAAAUCGAGACCUUGAAGAGUUUUGUGGACGAGGCUGAGGAUAUACUGAGCGAGCUUGAUCGGCUCAUCGACUCGUUCAAAAAGCCACUAACUGGCAUCGAGAGCAAACUUAAAGUCCAUCGCGGGACUUGGGCGAGGAGAGUGGGAGAGGUUGAGAACUUGAGAAAUAGGAUGAGGGACCUUCGGCUUUCUGUAGCAGUCGAACUUUCCACGUUGCAUAUCUUCGCAGUCAUCCGUAGUAACCAAUCGCUGGACCAAAUCACAAUCCAAGCAGGCCAGCUUCUGACCGAGCACUCAACAACCCAACGAUUCUUACUACAAGAAUUCCCAGAGAAUCGUAACAUACUUUGCCAACAGCUAGAAAAUCAACAAUCAGUAUCAAACAGAUCCGUCCCACGUGUAGCAGACUCAGAAUCCGAUUUCGUGAACGAAGAUUCUGUUGUUUGCGAAAGUCCAGCGGUAAUCUUGCGGAAUCUACGUAAAGAAAUCGAGAGCAAAUAUGCGUGCUCACAAUGGUGCCGAUGUAGAUGUCAUGUCCCCUACCAAACCGACAUUUCAACAAAAUGGAUAGGAUCUGUAGGCUUGCAGAUUUCAGGAAUGCCAUAUGUCAACGGAUCUUGCAACAUUGAAAACUGCAAGAAGCGCUCCAAAACAAGACUGCAGGUCCACUUGGGCUUUCCAAAGUGGCUUGUGAGUCGUGUGAUAACUAUAUCUGUAUUAUGCAACAGCUUUACGCAACCGCAGUUCCAUUUUCGGACCUUGAGAGUGCGACAGGGCGGGGAUCAGAUAUUCGUACACGUGAGAACUGGGAACCUUGAACGUGUCAAGAACUUGUUUGCAGAAGGCGAAGCUUCGGUUUUGGAUGUGGAUGAAAAUAAUAAAUCUGCGCUAACGCUUGCCAUUAGCGAAUGUCGAUAUCCAAUCAUUGUGUUUCUACUCGAACAAGGGUCGGACCCAUUCUUGGAAGAUAAAUACAAACUGACGCCGUUUCUGCUCGCUUGGCAGAUUUACACGAUAAUCAAAACGCCUAUUACUAAACAAAUGAUAUCGGAAUUGUUUCCCAAAGACUUUGAUGACGAAAGAUGUAAUUGUGGAAUGAGCAAACUUCAACUUAUGAUCACCGAACAAGUAGAAGGGAAUGUGGAAGAAGAGAUUGAACUGACCAGGAAUGAUAUUGACCACCAAGACUCGUUGGGGAAAACGGCCCUACUUUGGGCCAUUCUAGGCGGUAAAACUGGCAUUGCCAAAAGCUUGCUAUCACAUGGAGCCGAUGUUGCACUGCCUGAUUUAGCAGGGCGCUCUCCCCUGCAUGCCGCUGCAAUGUUUGAUAGUGGGUCUAUCACUCUGCUUUUGGAUGCAGGUGCCAGCCCCCAUACAAGACAAAAAAGUGGCGAAACCCCGCUACAUUUUGCUGCUCGCGCAUGCCUUCGGGAUCCCCUCCCAUACAUGUCAAAGCUUCUGGAUGCUGGGGCAGACAUAAACGCUCAAAAUCAUGGGAGAUUGACUCCUUUGGUUUAUGCGUGUGAAAAGAAAAACAACGCUGCUGCUAUUGAGUGCUUGAUACAACAAGGUGCAGACAUAAAUCUUCCAAACAACGACGACGACUUUCCGAUAUCAAUUGCCAUUUACUGGAAGCACGCCAGUUAUGUGGAGAUGCUGUUGGAAGCUGGAGCUGAAUGCAAGGGAACUACUUACAAUGGCAAUGUGUUGCAUUAUGUUGCCCAUCGGGGUAAUAUCGAGACGUUGCGAAUUUUCAUCAGAUGGCGGGCACGGUUGAUUGGUUUGGACGUCAACUUGAAAAACAAAUAUGGCAGAACGCCAGUAGAAUAUGCACAGUGGCGGAACGAUGUGUCCUGGGAAUGGGCAGAGGCUUUCGAUGAACUGAUCAGUGCAAUUCUGGAGGACCAAGAUACUGCUGCCGAUGAGGCUGAGGGGACGGAAAUGUCUGGGGUAGAGCGGGUUACUUUUGAUGACGCAGACGAUUCUUGGGGCGAGUUUGAGAAUAGCGGCCCUGGGACUGAAGGCAACGAUGAAAGGUUUGGGGUAAAGAAUUUCUCUAGAGAAGGUGAUGGCUACGACAUAUUUGAAGAUGCGUUGGAGACGCAAGAUACCGUGGGGAUUCGGGGCUCUGGAUCAUCACUGGAUUGUUGA